AACGUAAGUAGUUGCUGAGCUGAGUGACUCACCUCCGUAGCGUAGCAUUUGGCACCGUCGUCUCUCCUAAAGAAAAAAGCAGCGAGAAGAGAAGAGAAGAUGAGCAUCCCAAUUCCCAAUCGACAAUUAUUCAUAAACGGAGAAUGGAAAGCUCCCGCACUCAACAAACGGAUUCCCAUCAUCAACCCCUCCACCCAACAAAUCAUCGGGGAUAUCCCAGCGGCUACGAAGGAAGAUGUGGACCUCGCUGUGGUUGCUGCCAGAGCAGCCCUCUCUCAUAACAAGGGCGCUGAUUGGGCCUCAGCUUCGGGCUCGGUUCGGGCCCGCUAUCUCCGCGCCAUCGCUGCCAAGAUUACCGAGAAAAAGUCUGAGCUGGCAAAACUGGAAGCCAUCGAUUGUGGAAAACCCCUCGAUGAAGCCGCAUGGGACAUGGAUGAUGUUGCUGGUUGCUUUGAAUUCUAUGCUGAUCUUGCUGAGAAACUGGAUGCAAAGCAAAAAGCUCCAGUGUCUCUUCCCAUGGACACAUUCAAGAGUUAUGUCCUUAAGGAGCCCAUUGGGGUUGUUGGCUUAAUAACUCCCUGGAAUUAUCCUCUGUUGAUGGCUACGUGGAAGGUUGCUCCCUCUCUCGCUGCUGGUUGUGCUGCAAUAUUGAAGCCUUCUGAACUGGCCUCUGUGACCUGUUUGGAGUUGGGUGAAAUAUGCAGAGAAGUGGGUCUUCCACCCGGUGUAUUGAACAUCCUCACUGGAUUAGGUCCUGAAGCUGGUGCUCCUUUAGCAGCCCAUCCUGAUGUUGACAAGAUUGCCUUUACGGGAAGCUCUGCAACUGGGAGCAAGAUUAUGACGGCUGCAGCUCAGCUGGUCAAGCCUGUUUCGCUAGAGCUUGGUGGAAAAAGCCCAAUCAUUGUUUUUGAGGAUGUUGACCUUGAUAAAGCUGCUGAAUGGACCAUCUUUGGCUGCUUCUGGACAAAUGGUCAGAUAUGCAGUGCAACUUCCCGACUUAUUGUACAUGAAAGUAUAGCAACAGAAUUUUUGAAUAGGAUGGUGAAAUGGAUAAAAAACAUCAAAAUUUCUGAUCCCUUCGAAGAAGGCUGCAGGCUGGGCCCUAUUGUUAGUGAAGGACAGUAUGAAAAAGUAAUGAAAUUUAUCGCAAAUGCUAAGAGUGAGGGUGCAACCAUUUUGACUGGUGGGUCUCGCCCAGAGCAUCUAAAGAAGGGAUUCUUUGUUGAACCAACUCUCAUAACUGAUGUGACUACCUCCAUGCAAAUUUGGAGAGAAGAAGUAUUUGGACCUGUUCUCUGUGUCAAAACAUUUAGCACUGAGGAAGAAGCUAUUGAUCUUGCAAAUGACACCAUAUAUGGCUUAGGUUCUGCUGUAAUAUCAAAUGAUCUAGAAAGAUGUGAACGCAUUACCAAGGCUUUUAAGGCUGGAAUUGUAUGGAUUAAUUGCUCUCAACCGUGCUUCACUCAAGCCCCAUGGGGAGGCAUUAAACGUAGCGGUUUUGGUCGUGAAUUAGGAGAAUGGGGACUUGAUAAUUACUUAAGCGUGAAGCAAGUGACUCAGUAUAUCUCUGAUGAACCAUGGGGCUGGUACCAGUCUCCUUCAAAGCUGUGAUAGGUAUCUAAACACUGACAAUGAAUAAGGUGUGGGAAUAUCAAAUAUAUCAUCACGAUCCCAAAGUCGAGAAGACAUACAAUGUCUAUGUAUAACACCAGAACUGGUUUGCGGUCAAGUUUAUGCUGGUAGUGUUUUUAUUUGAUUUGGUUAUGGUUGGUCCCACCAUCAUGCUUACAAUAUUUGAACUUCAUCAUGCCACAUUUUCUCUGAGCUCUGGUUCACUCAUACUGAAAUACCAUUCCCACACUUAGGGGUUGGACAGUGCAACCUUAUUCACAUACAGACUAUGGUGUGACAUUUCUGAAGAGAAGCUUAAAGUAAUAAUAAUACGUGAAUAUAUUAAUAUUCUCACAUUCUUCACUUCUUCAUGGAAGUCAUUAGAUAUCACUUUGGAACAUCAAACAUUUUUUCUGGAUGGCCCUGAUAGGUUCAGCGUUCAGAGCUGUGAAUAUGCCCCUUUGUGUGCGUUUCAUUUUCAGCUUCUUACUUCUUGACAUGCGCACAAAAAUAUGAAGUGUUGAGCAGUGUAAUCAUAUUCAUACAUUGUAGCGACAUAUUCAUACACGAGCAAAUGCAUAUGCAAGUCAUUAGGUUUUACUUUGG